CUCGAAAAUGGGACAAAUUGUUUGGGCUUGCCUACUUAUAGUAACAGUCGUCAAUGUUCACGGCUACAGGAAAUAUGGACGUAACUGCAGAGAUAUAUCAUGCGCUCCGGGUCAGAAAUGCAACAUAACCAAAAAACCUUGUACAGAAUCAAAUCAACUGGGGGAUCAAUGUGGGGAGUAUCCUACAUGUCAAAUAACGGAAAAAAACUCAUUGGUUUCAGGGGAUUUCUUGAAACGUCGGAAGCGUCAAGCUAAUCAGCAAGGAUAUGGAAUGGGUGGAAGUGGAAAGGGCAGAGGGCAGAAUGGAAACGGAAUGCGGGAAAAUGUUAUGGGAGCAAUGGGUGGACAGAAUGGAAACGGAAUGGGAAGUCAGAACGGAUAUGGAAUGAGAGGAAACGGUAUGGGAGGAAUGGGCGGACAGAAUGGAAACGGGAUGGGAGGAAAUGGAAUCGGACCAAUGGUAAUGGGAGGUCAAGGUGGAAAUGGAAUCGGAAUGUAUGGUAAUGGUAUGGGAAUGGGUGGCUGGAACGGGAUGGGUGGCAACGGUAUGGGGCCAGGCGGAAUAGGCGGUAAUGGAAUGCGUUAUGGUGGUAUGGGUGGCAAUGUAAUGGGUGGCAGGGGAAACGGGAACGGUGGAGUGGGCGGUAGUGGAAUGGGAGGUCAGGGUGGAUACAACGGAAUGGGCAGACCAAAUGAAAUGGGCCGUCCAAAUGGAAUGGGUAGACAACCUGGCGGUCCAAAUGGAAUGGACGGACCACCUGGCAGUCCAAAUGUGAUGGGUCCUGGAAACUGGCAAGGAAAUAGUAACGGUGCCAACGGAUAUAAUGGUAAUGGUAAUAAUCGCUACUGGGUUGGUAACUCUAAUCAAAGCUACAGUACAACUGCCGCUACAACAUCGAAUGGCUGGUUAUCUUAAAAGACGGACA